AUGAAAGAUUUGGGUGCACUUAGCUACUUCCUUGGCUUGGAAAUUUCUCAGGAUUCCUCUGGUUAUUUUCUUACCCAAGCCAAGUAUACUUCUGAUCUUUUGGCUCGUGCUCGCCUUAGCGAUUGCAAGACUGUCACUACUCCAGUUGAUCCUCAAAAUCGUCUUACACCUCUUGACGACCCCCUAUUGUCAGAUGCAACUUUAUAUCGUCAGUUAGUUGGUAGUCUUGUCUAUCUCACAGUUACUCGCGCAGAUAUUGCUUAUGCUGUUCAUAUUGUCAGUCAAUUUAUGACUGCUCCUCGCUCUCCACACUAUGCUGCUCUGGUUUGCAUUUUGCGCUAUCUUAAAGGAACUUUGUUUCAUGGUCUUCACUAUUCCCGUCUCUCUUCUCUACAGCUGCAAGCCUUUUCCGACGCCGAUUGGGCAGGGGAUCCUAUCGAUCGUCGUUCCACUACUGGGUUCUGCUUCUUCUUGGACAAUUCUCUCAUUUCCUGGCGUAGCAAGAAGCAAACCCUUGUUGCUCGUUCUAGUAUCGAGGCUGAGUAUCGUGCUCUUGCAGACACUACUCAGGAGCUUGUGUGGUUUCGUUGGCUUCUUUCUGACAUGGGUGUUUCUCAUUCAGCUGCCACUAAUCUUUAUUGUGACAAUCAAAUCACCUUUGUUUCGAUUCUUUUGUCGGCGCUAGGCUCGAACCUCUUACUGGAAGGUGCAGAGGCCACGGUUGAUGUUACUACCGACAAAAUCCAGCACUUGAAGGCUGCGUUAGAUCGCCUUAAACAACCCUUCAAGCAAUUCGUAGCGGAACAGUCACCGGACUGGAUCCUCACCGACUUUGUCUAUCACUGGAUGGUUGAUGCAGCUCAGGAAUGCUAUGUCUCCCCGCCAUGA